AAGUAUGUGAAAUGGUUUGAUACAGUAAUGUUUUACUAUGUUAUUUUAGUGAAUUUAGUGAAUGUCACUUUUUGUCAUUUUCAAAUUUACCGCCGGUUCCAUCCCCGUACGUCCCGCCGCUCGCAGGGGACGGAACCCAGAUGACAGAUGCCGGCAUCCGCCGGAGGACAUUACAGGAGGGACAUCGCGGGAGCGCAGGACAAGGUAAGUGAUGGAGGGAUCCCGGAGCAGCGCCACAUGGUAAGCCCGAGUGUAGCUCGUGGUUACCGCUUGUGCUACACUCGGGCAUACUGCCAGGGAGGCUAC